UUUGAUGUUUAAUUGAAAAGUCAUUUCGGAAUAUUUUUUGGCCUGGGUAGGACCAUCACGGUAACUAUGGCCAGAAUACUACUUUUAGUUUCUUUGGCUCUUUUAAUAGGUAUAGCAUUGUCUGUGCCUUCGACUGAUGAAAACACCUCAAGUAAAGAUAAAACAGACAAAGCUGCAAGCAAAGAAAAGCAUAGCAAAGUUAAAAGCGGCGAAAAAAGUAGCAGUUCCGAAAGUCACGAAAAACAUGUAAGUCAUGAAAAACACAAAAAGCACAAGAAAGCCAAGAGCAAUGAAAGUGAUGAAAGCAAAACUCAUGAGGUGUAUGAUAAACAUAGAAACCACAAAAAGCACCAUGAAAAGCAGGAAGGCCAUGAAAAGCACGCGAGUCAUGAAAAGCACGAUAAACAUAAAAAACACGAUGAUAAACACAAGAAAGACAAACACUCAAAAUCCAGGAAGAACCAUAGAAAACACAGCCGUCGACAACAGAAAAAUGAUACUUCGAAUUUAAUAGUUGACCACGAUGAUAUAGGCUGGGAAUAUGAAAAUACUACUGCAGUGGAUACUAGGAGAAUAUUGUACAGCAAAAAUACACCUAAAGGAAAGAGGCCGUACAUGGUCUACCUGCAACUUACAAAAGAAUCUGCCAAAGCCCACAAAUACCGUGGCUGGCUCUGCGGUGGCGUCAUCGUAGAACGAUACUACGUCCUCACCUCAGCGGCCUGCGUCGAGGAUGCCGAGCAUUUCUACAUUGUCUCCGGCACCACUAAGUUUGUGGACAGCUUCGACUAUAAGAGCGACCAAUGUGUUUGCAAUAAUAGGAGGAAGGUCGUUUGGAAGUGUAUUCCUAAAAACUACAAGUUCGAUUUCCAAGACAGCAUCAAGUGGUCCUCCAACGAUAUCGCCAUCGUGAAAGUGAACAAACCUUUCAAGUUCGGAGUCGUCGAGAAGGGCUGCGACUUCGCCGCGGACAUGAUCUGCUACAACAAUAUCAGCCGGGAUCUUGAGAAACCAGGAACUAAGGGCUGGAUUGCUGGCUGGGGCAGUGGCAGUAACUUUAGAGAGGGAGUCUACCGUCGCCAAAAAUCGGUCCACGUCCCAGAAAAUGCCAAGUGUCUCCAGGAAGCCAGGGUGUGCAUCAUGGACAACGAGCAUUGCGCGAAGAAAUGGUCUCAACGGUUCAGGAGCAUCAUCCAACAAUACAUGAUUUGCACCAAGGACAUCAUGAAGAGACUAAGCGAAGUUUGUGACAAAAGGUACGCCAACUGCACGGAUGUGGAUGACUCCAGAAGGACCGACUUAGCAGAGUCCAGAAGAGCCGAGGAAAUAGACUUGGGACGACACUUGCAGGACCCUGAUGACUAUACAGCGAGGCGAUCGGCUAGUCAAGGAGGUUUUUGUGAGAACGACCACGGUGGACCGUUAAUAGUUAAGUACCAGCAAAAAGAGCGAGUGAUCGGCGUCAUCUCAGCCUGCAAGAUCGACCCCAAGACUCACAGCUGCCAUGGACCCUUCCUGUAUACGUCCGUGUUCAAGAACCGCCAGUUCAUAUCGUGCUCCAUCUACAAGGAUACCGAAGAGACCUGCAGACGGGUGUUCCGUACGGGCAUCACACAUGAAGAAUGGACUGUGAAUUGGGAUAGCGUUAAAGAAGACGAUGAAGAUAAGAAGGAUGACGAUGAUAUUGACGACAAUGAUAAUAGGGAUGACGAUGACAGUGAUGACGAUUCUAGAGAGACUUUAAGAGAGUCCAAGAAGCAGGCCAAGUCAGCUGAAUCUAGUUCAAGCAGCGAGGAGAGCAAAGAAAAACCCAAGCACAGCAAAAAGGAUAAGUCGGCAGAAAAAUUAAAAAAAAAUAAAACAGCUGAAAAGCGGGAUAGCUCUAGCUCGGAAGAGCAAAAGAAAAGUAAAAAAGAAAAAGAUGUAAAAGUAUUAAGAGACGCGUCUUCAGAUAGUUCAUCAGAUUCUGAAGAAAGGAAAGUGAGGCGUUCCAACAAGGAUGUGUUUUAUGAGUCUAGCAGAGACGAGAAUGUAAAUGAGCCAAAUAGUAACGAGUAGUAAUUAGACAUUUUCAGGCAUUAAAAUUUGUAGCAAGCUA